AUGACUGUGGCGAAUACCGAGACCCAUUCUGCUGCUAAACCAUCGAGUACUAUAGGCCCAUGGAAGCUUGGUGAAACACUGGGCUUUGGUAGCACCGGCAAGGUCCAACUUGCGCAACAUGAGCGCACGGGCCAUAGAACAGCCGUCAAAGUAAUCUCAAAGUCCAUUUUCAACAACAACGGAAACCACAGUAACGACGAUUCAGUGCUGCCAUACAACAUCGAGCGUGAGAUUGUUAUUAUGAAACUUUUGAGCCACCCAAACGUUCUGAGUCUUUACGACGUUUGGGAAACCAACAAUAACCUGUACCUUAUCCUGGAAUACGCCGAAAAGGGAGAACUGUUCAACUUGCUUGUGGACCACGGUCCCUUGCCCGAGCGUGAGGCCAUCAAUUGCUUCAGACAGAUAAUUAUAGGCAUUUCAUACUGCCAUGCGCUAGGAAUAGUACAUCGGGAUUUAAAGCCAGAAAAUCUUUUGCUCGAUAGUUUCUAUAAUAUCAAAAUUGCGGAUUUUGGUAUGGCAGCUUUACAGACAGACGCCGACCUGCUAGAAACUUCUUGUGGGUCUCCUCAUUAUGCCGCUCCUGAGAUCGUAUCAGGUCUGCCCUAUGAAGGAUUUGCCAGCGACGUUUGGUCUUGCGGUGUAAUCCUCUUUGCCCUUUUAACGGGUAGACUACCCUUCGAUGAAGAAAACGGUAAUGUUAGGGAUUUGUUAUUGAAAGUCCAAAAGGGCCAGUUUGAAAUGCCCAAUGACACCGAAAUUUCCAGAGAUGCACAAGAUUUAAUCGGCAAGAUUCUCGUUGUAGAUCCCAGGCAAAGAAUAAAAAUCAGAGACAUCCUUAGUCAUCCACUGCUAAAAAAAUAUCAAACCAUUAAGGAUUCCAAAAGUAUCAAAGAUUUACCUCGUGAAAAUACCUAUCUAUAUCCACUGGCUGACUCGAACAACCAUACUAGCGCCUCUAUCGAUGAUUCAAUCCUACAAAACUUGGUGGUACUUUGGCAUGGUAGACACGCCGAUGACAUCGUAUCUAAACUGAAAGAGAAUGGAACCAACAAAGAAAAAAUUCUAUAUGCGCUACUAUACCGUUUCAAACUGGACUCUGUAAGGGGAUCGAAUAAGAAGAACCGCAAUAAGAUAAAGAAAACCAAAAAAAAUAAAAGAUCUAGCACACUUUCGUCAUCGUCAUCAUUAUUAUUGAACAACCGAAGCAUACAAUCUACGCCACGCAGACGUACAUCCAAGAGGCAUUCCAGGGAAUUCUCUUCUAGCAGGAAGAGAUCGUCCUUUUUACUGUCCUCGAAUCCUACCGAUAGUUCUCCAAUACCUUUGAGAAGUAGUAAAAGAAUUACACAUAUUAACGUAGCGUCUGCAAAUACCCAAGCAACGCCAAGUGGUGUCCCGAAUCCUCACAAGAGGAACUCAAAAAAACGGUCAAGCAAAAGAUUAUCUUAUAUGCCUAAUACAAAAAGAAGCUCACUAACAUCAAAAUCAUUAUCAAACUUUACUAACCUAAUAGAUGAUGAUGAUUGGGAGUACAUUGAAAAGGAUGCAAAGAGAACAAGUUCCAACUUCGCUACACUGAUUGAUGAAAUAUUUGAGCCUGAGAAAUUUGAAUUGGCGAAAAGAGAAAAGGCUGAACUUCAAAGAAAAGUUCAGGAAGCAAAAAGGCAAUCAGUGAAUGCACAGAAGAUUAAUGAGGACGAGUUUGGAUCCGAAGUUUCUGAUGGAAUGAAAGAGCUGAAAAAAAUAAAUGACAAAGUGUCGUCCCCGUUGAUAAAUUACGAAUUUUCGCAACAAGAACUAUUGCAAGAUAUAGACACCUUACUAACGAAUCGUUAUCAACUUUCGUCAUAUACUAGGCCUAUUUCGAGACUGGAUCCCGGAUUAACGCCUGUUACUGAGACACUUCCUAACAACCUAAAAGAAAAAACAGCUCUGCUGCAGGAUACUGAAAAGAAAAUAAUAGAAACGAUACGCAGAUCCAAAUUUUUAGGAUCGCUACUAAAUGUUAGAGGGGGACUAUCGCCAGGGAAAAGUGAACUGGCACCUAUCGAAGAGUCUCCCAUAGUUUCAACCACACCACUAAUAUAUAAUGAUCGAAUGGAACCUCGUAGGAUAUCCGAUGUGGAAGUCCCACAUUUCACGAGGAAAUCAAAACACUUUACUACUGCUAAUAAUCGGCGCUCAGUCUUAUCUUUGUAUGCGAAGGAUUCAAUCAAAGACUUAAACGAAUUUUUAAUAAAGGAAGAUCCUGAUUUGCCUCCACAAGGAAGCACUGAUAACGAAAGUAGGAGCGAAGAUCCCGAAAUAGCCGAGAGUAUCACUGAUUCAAGGAAUAUACAAUAUGAUGAGGAUGAUAGUAAGGAUGGUGAUAAUGUGAAUAAUGAUAAUAUAUUGAGCGACUUUCCUCAAGGCGUUGGCAUAUCACAGGAAUACGACAUGAAGGAUAAAAAUCCAAACCAAUCUCCAAUAUCAAAAAGCGCAGAGCCCACACUGGUAGUGAAACUUCCGUCUUUGAGUUCUUUCCAAGGAAAAAACGCCAGUGGGUUGGGCCUAUACCAAAGAGAGCCUUCUAAGGUAACCUUACCGAGCCUUACAAGUAAUAACAGCAGCGUCGGAGAAAACAUAGAGGAUGGGGCGGAAAAAGGGACUGAGAGUGAGAAAAUCGCUGCUUCCCUGUCAGACGAUGACUUGAAGGAAGAUAAUGACAAGAAAGAUAACGACACAGUGAAUGCCCCUACUACAGUAAAAAAGCCACCUAACAGCGUACUCUUGAAAAAAUUCUCAAAAGGUAAAAUCUUAGAACUUGAAAUACAUGCCAAAAUACCUGAAAAGAGACUAUACGAGGGCCUACAUAAACUACUAGAAGGCUGGAAGCAAUACGGGUUGAAAAACCUGGUGUUUAACAUCACUAAUAUGAUCAUAACAGGAAAAUUGGUGAAUGACAGUAUUUUAUUUUUACGAUCUACGCUUUUUGAAAUAAUGGUUUUACCAAAUGGAGACGGUAGAAGUUUAAUUAAAUUCAAUAAGAAAACAGGAUCUACUAAAACGCUGACCAAGCUUGCUACAGAAAUCCAAAUUAUUUUACAAAAAGAAGGUGUUUUGGACAAAUAA